AUGCAAGCAGCUGAUUAUCGUCUUGUUCGUUCUUAUAUAACUGCUGGUAUUAUGAUGGGAAUUAAACAAUCUGUAGUUCCAAAAACAAUUAAUAAUUAUUUUUCAUAUUGGUUAUAUGGUCAAAGAAAAUCAACUAAACAAAUUCUUGUUAAUCUAUCUCGUUCAUUACCUUGUCUUGUUUGUUCACAAGAAAAUCAUCAACAUGAUUAUAUUUCUUUACUUUCAGUAGAUCUAAAUGCAUUUAUUCAACGUUUAUCAUUAUUUGAUAAUGAACAAUUAGCAAUACUUUAUUCAUUACUUGAUGAUGAUCGACAAGUUUAUGAAUAUGCUAUUCGACAACAAUAUGAAGAUUAUAAACGAAUAUUAAUUAAACAAUUAAAAGAAAAGCUUGCCGGACAAUAUUAUCUUAUAUAA